UCGAUCACGUGACGUGGCAUCGCCUUCACUUCGUGUUUGUUCGACCAGUCCUUUAACGUCCACGCUAGCAGUUAACAGCUUCCUAUCGUCUCACUAUGAUCCGCGCUGUGUUGCGGUUCUCGGCUACAGGAGCCCGGACGCUGGCGCUGUCCCGACCCGUCCACGCAGCCCCGUUAGCUUCCAGAUGUUAUUCCCAUGGCAAAGUGGAGACGGACGAGGAGUUUGAUGCCCGCUGGGUCACCUACUUCAACAAGCCUGACAUCGACGCUUGGGAGCUGCGGAAAGGUUAUUAUUAUUGCAUGAACACCCUGAUUUGCUACGACCUUGUACCCGAGGCCAAGAUCCUGGACUCUGCUCUGAGGGCGUGUAGGAGACUCAAUGACCUGGCGAGUGCCAUUCGCAUCCUGGAGGCUGUCAAAGACAAAGCGGGCCCUCACAAAGACAUUUACCCCUACCUGAUCCAGGAGCUGAAGCCCACGCUGUCAGAGCUGGGCAUCUCCACACCGGAGGAACUCGGCAUGGACAAGCUAUAAGGCGAUUCUACUUGAAGAGAUGAGCUCUCCUCAUUUGUCUCCUGUGAAAAAUGUCUAUAUAGUGUUGAUUGAUCCCAUGCUGUCCUGUUAUGUACAAAAUGGUGGACCUCAAAUAAAGAAAUUCUGAAAG